AUGAUGCUACGAUAUAAGAAUAUACCGAAAUUACGACUGCUACGACCGAGGUGGAAUUCUAACCUUUUAUGCAAUAUUGCCUUCAUUAGGAACAUCUCCACCGAGCCAAAGAUUUUCGAUGAGAAUGUAAUAAUUCCAGAAGAGGAGAAGAACCGAUCCUUAGAAAGAUUUAUACGAGAAUACUAUCGCGGUCAAGGACAAUUCAAGAAUAGCUUUGUCACGCAUUGUGUAAAUCUUCUGUCUCAAAUGGUUGCUGUCAAUCUUCCAAUGACACCGCCAACUGAUUUUCACGACAUAGUAAUGGCCAAUAGGUAUAACGUACCACAGAUUGGUUCGUUUGUCGAGUUCCUGCAAAAUGACCAAACAAGAGUCGGUAUUGUUGUUCAAAACCUACUAGCCAGGUUUGACGAAAGGCUCAAUCAUGUUCUAGUGUUGACUAAUGAUAACGAAAUCUUACCAGUCAAAUCAUUAAAUAUCAAGUUCCACUUGUACAAACUCAUCCCUGAUGGAUUCCUUGCAUAUCAUGAAAUAAUAAACGAACGUCACAACCCAUCCCAUCUAGAGCGUCGAAAGGCAGUUGUACUAAUCAACAGAUUUCUUGCCGAUACGGCGCAGUCUAGAUGUGAGAUAUCUUCUUCAAUCGACACAGUUUUUAACCAACUAUCCCAGGAUAAACUUCGACCUAUUUCCUUAUUGGAUGUGCUAGAUCUUUUAGAAUUCAAAGAAUCUGACGUGGUAAAGAUGAUUUCGCUACUAUAUCAUCAAUUUGUCUUAUUAUACAGCAUCCAUGGUAGUCUAGUAGACUCGUGCCAGUGGGUAGUUCCUAGCUAUGUUGGUGGCACGCCAUCAAAUGUUAUGUUAUGGGGACAUUCAAACAACUACCAUUCUGCGUCACAAUACUUUGUCAAUACCCAAGACGGUUGGCUACAUAUUUAUCGUUUCACACAGGAAAUGUCAAGUGACGACAGAGUUGCCGAAAUAAAUGCAUUUCUAAGGAAAUUGAAAAGUAUUCCCAAGGAGGAGAUGAAUGCGUAUUUGAAAGUUUUUGAAGGAAGGCAUUUUUUUGAUGUCCUUAGUGCAAUGAAAUUUGCAGUUGUAUAUCCUCAUAGCUCCAUUACGAACGAGUUAGGGAAGUUAAAAGUUUUUGAAACUACACCGUCAGCCUUAGACAUAUAUCUGCUACUUGUUGAAUUGAAGAUAUACGACAAUACUGCCACAAUAACUGACAUUUAUUUAUCACUGGGACUAUUUGGAACUUCAAAAGAGUUGAGUGUGACAGAAGUGGGCCAGUUGAGUCCUAAAUCGCCUGCCUCCUUUAACGUAAAGGACAAUUUCAAGCAUUUAAGAACAUGCAGGAAUUAUUACCAUGAUCAUGUGAUCUAUGGAUUGAUCGAUGACGACGACGAUGUAGCAAGUUUUGGAAUAUCUAUCGAGUCAUUGAAUUCUAGAAAGCAUUUAAUCAAUAUACAUAUACCCGACUUGGCCAGUUACAUUACACCCAAUAGUAAAGUUUUUAAAUCCAUAUUUCAAAACCAAAAGCUAGCUGAAACCUUGACUCAUUUGGUCAAUAACCAGAACUGGAAUCCUUUGUUUCCUGAAAAGGUUACAAGAGGUAAGAAGUUCCACAAGUACAGUAAAGUUGACGAGAACGAAGAAGCCUGGGGUGACGUUAUUGACAUGGACUUAGGAAGGAGUACGAGAAAACGAGGCAUUUCAAAAGCCACAUGUUUAACAAUUUCCUUCGAGUUCAACUCCUACGAGACAAAUCCGUUCGAGUCGUUUGAUGACAAGGUAUCGGUAAGCUUUGACUCCAUUGCCAACGUCAAUAUGAAAACUGUCAACAAGCGAGUGUUGCAAAAAUGUCUCACUGGCCAGUUGGAACCAUCGUUUUUCAAAUUCCUUAGGCGCAAACAACGUCUCGAGACUGACAAUGACAUUCAUGAUCAAGAAAAUUCAUUGAACAAAACGGACAUUCAUAAUAUCAACUUCAUUGGCGGUGUUCUAAAGACAUUUCAAAAAGUUCGAGAGCUUGAGGGCGCAGCAAUUACAGCCCCGCUAAAGGGGCUAUCUGCCUUCGAAACCACCGUUUUGAAGACUCAAGAGAAUGGAACAGGGAACGGUACUGAAAUUCAAAUUUGCAAGCCUGAUGUUUCAGUUGCAAUGACACAAGCAGAAUUCAUGCACCAAGAAGUUCGAACAUUCACUGGCUGCUUAGUUUCUAUGUUUUGUUUUCAAAACCAAAUUCCAAUUCUUACUCGGUCCCAAGAUCUAGACGUUAACGAACUUAAACAGGAUACUGUAGCUGUUCAGCACGAAAACAUCAUGAUACCUAUUUACGAGUCUCAAAAGUAUGCUCAUAGUGUCAUGGCAAAAGACGAGCGUGGGUACAUUUCAUUAAAUGCUAAAAUCAUUUCCAAUAAUUACGUUGCGCCUAAAUUUACGGCAACUGGCCCUGAGAGAAACACACCCUUAGGUUUAUCUAUGGGUUAUGCGGAAGUUUUAGAUAUAUUCCUGUCGGGUGAAGCUCUUCUCAACCAGUUUCAGCUCUUGUCUUACAUUCAAAAUGACUAUCAAAGAACAAUUUUGAAAAAACAUAGCUACAUCGAGUUUGUUGAAAAGUUUAAUCACUUAAAGAGUUUAGGCUACAACUUGAAUGGUCCACUCUCUGAACACAAGCUAAUUCAGUUGGUAAACUCAGCCAAUAUGAAUGACUUGAGGUCAGUUUGGCAGUAUCGUAUGUACAAGUUUUGGAUCCACAACUGGUUUUAUCAGAGGCAGCUUGAUAAAACGACAUUGGAUGAAACCAAACUUGAAUGCAUUUCCACUCAUAUCGACCGAUUGGACGAUUAUGAUAUAUGCAAAGCAUACUGUUUAGAGCUAGGGGUUGAAGUCGAUGUUUUAUGUCUACCUAAUCAAGGCAUACAAAUUGGAGCUAGGUUGAUGUGUGAUGAUGUGUUAUACUUAGAUCCGAUUAGUGGAUUUUGUAUGUUAGAUGGUAGAGGCGAUAUUUGUAUAUAG